AUGGCGAACAUAGCACUACUCGGAUGUACGGGUAUGGUGGGCUCCCACAUCCUCACCAGCCUGAUAUCCAACCCCAACGUCAGUCGCAUCGACACCAUCUCCCGCCGCACCCCAGCAGCAGCCAACGAUGCCCCAGCAAAACUCACCACCUUCGUCUCCGACGACACCACAAAGUGGGCAGCCCAACUCUCAUCCCUAACCCCUACACCCGACAUCUUCAUCUCAGCCUUCGGCACCACCAGAGCCGCAGCAGGCGGAUUCGAGAACCAAUACAAAAUCGAACAUGGUCUGAACAUCGAGUUAGCACGCGCAGCCCGCGAGGCCGGCGUCAAGGUCUAUGUGCUUAUUUCUAGCAACGGUGCGAGCAAGACCGCCUCAUUCGCUUAUUCGCGUAUGAAGGGCGAGAUUGAGGAAGAUGUGAAGGCGCUUGGGUUUGAGCAUACGGUUAUUCUGCGGCCCGGCUUGAUUGCUGGAACCCGUGGAGAGAGUCGGCCUGUUGAGGCUGCUGCUCGGUUCGUGGCGGGGUGGAUGGGGAAGCUUCAUUCUGGGCUGAAGGAUCCGUGGGCUCAGGAGGCGGAUGUUAUUGGACUGGCGGCUGUUAAAGCUGGGUUGAAGGCUUUGGAGGGGGAUGUUCCUGCUGGUAGUGAGAAGGUUUGGUUAAUUGAGGGGAAGUCUAUUAUUGAUAUUGCCAAGGAGUGA